CAGAAAAGAGGAAUGGCAGGCGAAGAAACAGCUUUGUAGCCUACAGAGUUUGUUGGACAUUUCUUUCUUCGCCGCGUUUCCGUCCAUUCCCUCCCCUCCCCCUCUGGUGGGCCACAGCAGUCGGUGGCGAUGGCUGAUCUGGAGCUGGAGGACGCGUUACGUGCCAAGAAGCGGCUGGAGGACAAGUCCAAGCCACUGGAUACCGCUGAUCUGCUGGCGGUGCUGCGUCAGCUGGAGAAGAUCAACAUGACCCUCGCCACCCUCCGGACCACAAAGAUAGGCAAGACGGUCAAUGCACUCAAGCAGCACCAUGACCCGGACGUCAAACGACUCAGCGCCAAGCUGGUCGUCGCCUGGAAGAAAGUCGCUGACGCAGGUGGGGUGGCUGGCUGGGAGGGACAGUCAGUGACAAUCAGCCAGUCGCGUAGCGUGUGCGCCUUCGCUCCAGCCAUGUGUCUGCCAUGUUUGUGUUGGUUGGUUGCUUGGUUGGUUGUUCACUCAGGCAAGAGCAGCGGCGCGAGUGCAGUAGCUAAGGGUGCCGCGAGUGCAGUAGCAGUAGCUGCUGCUGCUGGUGGUGGCCCGGCCCUCUCGCCUUCGGGUCUGUCGGAUUCCUCUCCGUCGCCCAACCACCAGCCUCUCCCCAAUGGGGUCCCCGUUCCCCCCAGGCAGCCCGACCGGCAGCGGAGCCAGCCCAGCUCAGCAUCGAGCGGCGGCAUCGGCGACGCCUUCAACGAGUACCCUGGCGAGCGGUGCGGACAGCACGACAGGGACAAGGUGAGUGAGCAAGUCGACACAGACAUACGAGACGCCCAGAAAGCAUCGAGUGUCUGUGUGAGUUGGCGUGCAGGCGCGCGCCAAGUUGUGGAAGGCGUUGUGGGAGGGCUGUCCUGAGCACGUCAGAAGUGGCACACGCGAAGAGGCCGCACAAGUAGCCGGUAACUAAGGCAACCAAUGGACAGAGAGAUUGGACGGCGGGAGGCUUCGGUUCCCCCCCCCACCCUCCCGCUGCAUGUGUGUCUGUGUCUGUGUCUGUGUGUGUGACUGCCAACAGCGUCCAUCGAGCGGUGUGUGUAUGAGCGCUUUUUCCAGUGCCAGGAGAUCGAGCGGCUGCAGCAGGAGCUCAGUGCCAUGCAGCAGCUGCACGCCAAUGCCAUCGCACCCAAUCCCAAACACGACGAGCUCAUGCGCAAACUCGACAGCCAUCGCGAGGAGGCCGCCAGGGCACAGAAGCCAUACCUCAACCAACUCAAAGUCAUCAAGUACGCCAUGCCACCACCCACACACACGCAGAGGGAGGGAGGGAUGCAUCACUCACAAGUUGUGAGUUUUCUUCAUUCAGCUUCAACUUUGCUGACGUCAAGAACUUCGAGUUGAAUGCGCGUGUCUUGUACGGCGACAUCACGCCCGAGAAGCUGGCCAGGAUGUCAUCGCAGGACAUGGCUUCUAACGACAAAAAGGCCGAACGGGACAAACACAGACAGGUCAACUGAAAUAAAUGGAUGCAAACCACACACCAAACCAAACCACCACACCACCUAUGUGUGUGUGUGUGUGACUUUCAGGAGGCGGCCGAGGCGGCUGAGAGCGACUGGCACAUGCGGAACCUGGUGCAGGCGAGCGGGACGUUCCAGUGCUUCAAGUGCAAGAAGCGACGGACCACCUUCUUCCAGCUGCAGACACGAUCCUCUGACGAACCCAUGACCACGUAAGUAAACCACACACACCAUCCAUACCAUACAUGUACCCGCGCUCACUCCCGAGCAGCUAGGAUAGCUGCUCUGCCGAGCAGCUAGGAUAGCUGCUCGGGCUGCAUUGCAUUGCAUUGCCGUUGCUUAAGCUAUCUGUGUGUCGUGGUGUGUUGCGUGUGUGGCAGUUUUGUGACGUGCCUCGAGUGCAGCAAUCGGUGGAAGUUCUAAUUACACUUUCGCGACACGGCCAGACAGACAGACAGACACAGAAAGUGGAGACCGACAGCGUGGC